AUGGGCUGCUGCUGCAGCUCAGACUAUGAUGAGGACUGGAUCGAGAACAUCGACAUCUGUGAGCACUGCAAUUACCCCAUCGACCCCGACAGCAAGCGCCAGAGGUUGAUCCACAACGGCUCCGAGGUGCAAGACCCCUUGGUGUCCUACGAGGCCACGACUCCACCACGCUCCCCCCUGCAAGGUAAGGCCCAGCCGUGGCAGGGGGUGGCUGUGGACACCCCCUGGGUUGGCCACCGCCACCUUGCCCCUCCACUUGCCCUCCCAGAUAAGCUGGUGGUGGCCCUGUACAACUAUGAGCCCAAGCACGACGGGGACCUGGAGCUGCGGAAGGGAGAGAAGCUGCGAGUCCUGGAGGAGAGUGGGGAGUGGUGGAAGGCACAGUCCCUCACCACCGGCCAGGAGGGUUUGAUCCCCUACAACUUCGUGGCCAUGGUGAACAGCCUGGAGCCGGAGCCGUGGUUCUUCAAGAACAUCAGCCGCAAGGACGCGGAGCGGCAGCUGCUGGCGUCGGGCAACACGCACGGCUCCUUCCUCAUCCGGGAGAGCGAAACCUCCAAAGGCUCCUACUCGCUGUCCGUGAGGGACUUCGACCAGAACCAGGGCGAGACGGUGAAGCACUACAAGAUCCGCAACAUGGACAGCGGGGGGUACUACAUCUCCCCCCGGGUCACCUUCAGCAGCUUGCAUGAGCUGGUGGAGCAUUACACACGCAGCUCUGAUGGACUCUGCACUCGCCUGGGCAAGCCCUGCCGGACCCAGAAGCCACAGAAGCCCUGGUGGCAGGAUGAGUGGGAGGUGCCACGGGAGUCACUGAAGCUGGUGGAGAAGCUGGGAGCAGGGCAGUUUGGAGAAGUGUGGAUGGGUUAUUACAAUGGCCACACCAAGGUGGCCAUCAAGAACCUGAAGCAGGGCAGCAUGUCACCCAGUGCCUUCCUGGCAGAGGCCAACCUCAUGAAGAACCUGCAGCACCCACGGCUGGUGCGGCUCUACGCCGUGGUGACGAAGGAGCCCAUCUACAUCAUCACAGAGUACAUGGAGAAGGGCAGCCUCGUGGACUUCCUCAAGACCUCAGAAGGAGUCAAGCUCAGCAUCCACAAACUUCUGGACAUGGCUGCACAGAUUGCUGAAGGCAUGGCCUUCAUCGAGGCCAAGAACUACAUCCACCGGGACCUGAGGGCUGCCAACAUCCUGGUGUCAGAUGCCCUCUGCUGCAAAAUCGCCGACUUCGGCCUGGCUCGGCUCAUCGAGGACAACGAGUACACAGCCCGGGAGGGGGCUAAAUUCCCCAUCAAGUGGACGGCGCCGGAGGCCAUUAAUUAUGGAACGUUCACCAUCAAGUCGGAUGUCUGGUCCUUCGGCAUCCUGCUCACAGAGAUAGUCACCUACGGCCGGAUCCCCUAUCCAGGGAUGACCAACCCUGAGGUGAUCCAGAAGCUGGAGCGUGGUUACCGCAUGCCACAGCCGGACAACUGCCCAGGGGAGCUGUAUGAACUGAUGAGGCAGUGCUGGAAGGAGAGGCCUGAGGAACGUCCCACCUUUGAGUACAUGAAGAGCGUGCUGGAGGACUUCUUCACCGCCACCGAGGGCCAGUACCAGCAGCAACCGUGA